GAAGCUCUUCUAGGUCGCAACACUGGCCAGUUUAAUUGCCAUGAAAAGCUUGCAAUUUACUAUUGCGAAGAGGCUAGUAACAUUUUCUACAAAACUCAAGAUAAACAGUUGAAGGGAUCUCCUAUUAAAUUCCAAAAGGCAAAACAUUACCGUGAAUCUGCCGCA